AUGCAGCCGGAGGCGGAGGGCAGCCGCCCGCGCCGCAGGAAGCCCGACAUGGCCCUCUACGUGCCCAAAGCGCGGCGGGAGAGAUCAGCACAAGUGGCAGGUGACACACUGGCCGGGCAUUGCCGGGAGACCGAGAAGCACCGCCUGGUGCAGGACACUUGCCAGGGCAGUGGUGAGGGGCAGAGGCGAAUCCCCCAUGCCACGAUGCAGGUGAGCAGAACAAUAAGGAGAGAGACCAAGGUGGAUGCCAGCCCAAAGGAGCCACGGGCAGCCCCUGCUGACCACUGCCAGAAGCCAGGAGACAUCCGCCCCAUUGCACUGAAGAGCUUGGGGGCAUCACCCAGUGUGCUGCAGCUGUGCCUGGAUCCAACUGCUGCCCAGCCUAGGGAUGGGCAGGACAAAGCAUCCCAUGAUGAAGGACUCAAGGAGCUCAGCCACGGCCACCAGAUGAUGAGGACCAAGCCUGACUCUCCAUCCCUACCAGACGGGACUGAGAGUGGCCUGCUGGGUGCUGGCGAGGAGCUGGUGAGCAGUGCGUGGGAGGGGGCACCCACAGAGAGCCAUGAGCCCCUGCCACCCCUGGAGCUGCUGUGCCGUGGCGUGGAGGGACUCUCGCCCACAGCCUGGGCCAAGGAGCAAAUGGGGGCAAGCGAAGACGUGGGUUUGCUGCAGCAGUGCCAGUGCGGCCAGGAGGCAGAGGAGGUAGAGGAAGAUCUCUGCAGCAGCUCCACAAAGACAGAGGAGGCCAGUGCUGGGACCCCAAGCCAGGCCAGCCCAGGUGCUGAGGAGAGCUGGGACGCGCUGUUCAAUGACGACGGGGACUGCCUGGACCCGCGGCUGCUGGAGGAGCUCUCAGGGAGUGAGAAGCCCCGGGAGAGCCAGCAGUCGCCCCGCUUCAACUACUACGGGGCUGAGCCUGCUGCACUGGACCUCAGUGAUGCCGAACUGCCCCACGUCAUCGAGAUCUAUGAUUUUCCCUCGGAUUUCCGCACGGAGGACCUGCUGCGUGUCUUCUGCAGCUAUCAGAAAAAAGGCUUUGAUAUUAAAUGGGUGGACGACACGCAUGCCCUGGGCAUCUUCUCCAGCCCCAUAACAGCACGUGAUGCUCUCAGCACCAAGCACCUGAUGGUGAAGACGCGCCCGCUCUCCCAGGGCACCCGUGCCUCUAAAUCCAAAGCCAGGGCGUACGCUGACUACCUGCAACCAGCCAAGGAGCGCCCCGAAACAUCAGCUGCGCUGGCCAGGAGGCUGGUAAUUGGUGCCUUGGGGGUACGCAGCAACCAGACGCCAGCCCAGCGAGAUGCAGAGCGGAGGAAGCUGCAAGAAGCCCGGGAGAGGAAACGCCUGGAGAACAAGCAGCGGGAGGAUGCCUGGGAGGGUCGGGACUGA